AUGCAUACACACAAGCACACACAACCCAGCGCCACAGACCCAGACACACACUGUCGGGGAAGCCCCGCCCGCAACCGGCUGAGCUCCAGCCCCCUUUUGUUCCUUCUUCGAAUCCGCGGGGCGGCAGGGAAAGAGGAGAGGAGGAGAGGAGGAGAGAGCGCGGAGAAAGGCCGGCCCCGGGGUUGGGGGGAAGAUGCUGUGCCAACCGCUGUGGGCGAGGGGAGGCCGGUCCUGGCCCGCUGCUCCCAACACCGGCCCCCACUGACACGGCCCGGACCAGCUAGGGCAGGGCAGGACCAGCCAGGACCGGCUAGGGACCAGUCAGGACCAGCCAGGACAGGCCAGGACCAGCCAGGACCGGCUAGGACAGGCCGGGACCGGGCAGAACCGUGUAGGACAGGGCAGGCCCAGGCCCGGCGUCUGGCCAUGGGGUCCCGCCUGAGCCGUCCGAGCAUCGUGGAGGAGGAGGAGGACGGGGAGGAGGAGGAGGAGGAGGAGGAGGAGGACGGGGAGGAGGGGGAGGAGGAGAGGAGCGGGGCCGGGGCCGGGGGUCAGGGACGCGGUCGUCGUCGGGGCCGGGGGCCGGCGGAGGCCUUCGGGGGUCCCCCUUCGCUGGGCCCCGGGCCCCCGGGCCCCGAGCCGGCGGGCGGCCCCGGCAGGAAGAGCAGCGGCCCGCCGCCCUACGUGCGCAGGGUGGGCUGGAUCCGCGACAUCCAGGACACCCUCCGCCGCCGGGACACCCACCAGGCCCGGCACAUCCUACGGCUCCUCCGAAAGGACCUAGGGCUGGAGGGAACCCUUCUCAACGAGAUCCUCUACAAAAACACCACCUUUCUCAACUUGGUGGACCCCAUCUCCCACGACCUGCUCAUGAGUCUCGCCCGGGACCUGCAGUGCCCCAAAAAGGACUACGACCCCUGGAAGUCCUCAGACCGGAUCUGUCGGCAGCUCAUUUACCACCUGACUCCCCACUCCAAAUGGCAUCGGCACAGCCUGCCCAGGAGGAAGUCCCAGGCGUGCCUGAAGAGCAGCCUGCAGAAGAAGCUGAGCCAGGAGUCAGUGGAUCUGUCGGGGAUCCCCCUCACGGCUCGGGACGUCCACCGCAUGGCUUACUACCUGCAGAGCAACGGGGACGGCCUCACCACGGUGGACCUGAGCUUCACGGAACUGAGCGACGAGCUCCUGCGCCUGCUCAUGCCUUUCCUGUGGGCUCUGCCCAAGCUCACCCACCUCUCCCUCAACGGCAACCGGCUGACCCGGGCCACCAUGAAGGAGCUGACCGACGCCGUCAAGGACAUGAACAAGUUCCCCUCGCUGGCCUGGGUGGACCUGGGCAACAACGUGGACGUCUCCUCCAUGCCUCAGCCGCUCCUGGUCGGGCUGCGCAAGCGCCUGAGCCAGCAGACCACGCUGCCCACCAUCUACGAGGCCCUCGACUGCGACCCCGAGCCGGCCGGGGGCCACCAGCCCGGGAUCCAGGAGGAGGAGGAGGAGGAGGAGGACGACGACGACGACAAUGAGAGGAAGGAGAAGGAGGCAGAGGAGAAGGAAGAAGACGGAGCCGGGGAGGGGGCGGCGGAGGAGGCCGGGGGAGAGGACGUGGAGAGCUCUUGGGGCCGGGCCGCCCCGGCCCCCUUCUCCCAGCCGUGCUGUGCGAGGUGACCACCCGCGGGCCCCGGUGGUCAGAACGAAGCCCAGGCUGAGAGAGCUUGUAAGAGGGCAGUGAAGGAUCAGCUUUGGGGCCUCCUCCUGGUGCUUUUCUCCCAGACUCCUGCCGUGUCGUCAAUGAAACCCCUGCCCUCUCUUCCCACGCCGCCCCCAACAGCGGCGGCCAGUAGCCCCGAGGUGGUCAGAGGGCGAAGGCCACCCCCCGGGAGGGCCCAGCUCAGAGCGGGCACUCGAGAUCCCUUCCUCGGCCUCACCCAAACAUCUCGCACUUCCCCUGCCCGGGCACUGAGUAUUUCGGGUAGGGGGGAGCUGCUCCCCCUGCCCCCGCCCAACUGGUGUGGGCAUCGGGGAAGCCCUGGUCAUCUCAGAUCCUGCUCUGCCCCUUCCUCCCUCCCUCCAGAGAGCUCCGUUGAGGUUGCUUCCCCCCACUUCCCCCUUCUCCCCCCCAAAAGUGAUCGGGACCCUUGCCCCUGGGCCCUGGGGACCAGGAUCCCAGUGCAGGGGUCUUGGGGA